CGGAGGGAGGGAAGAAGACCCCUAAUGGAAGAAGCCGAGGCAGAAGCCAUUGCUUCAGCAAGAACAAUUAAACGCCCGAAAACCUCGGCUUCCUCUUCAGGCGAUGAAAGCCGCCGGCGUGAUAACCAGGAGGAGGGCACUUACAUGGCCGCUCUCCGAGGUAGCCGCAGUUCCCUCUGGAAGCUUCAGCAGCAACAGCUUAAUCUCCAUAAUAAUGGCGGCGGUAUCACCGCCCAUGGUUCCGGCAGCAAUAGCACCGCUCCUUCUUCCACAACGGCCGUCGGCUCAUGCUUCAAAUGCGGCAUGACGGGGCAUUGGGCGAGGGAAUGUGGAGGGCACGAUAGUUCUGUGGAUCGAGCGGAUAAGUUUGUAGCGGCAAAGCCUUGCCCCUGUGGGUCUGGAACUUGUCUUGUUUUAACCUCGAAUACUGCUAAGAAUCCCGGCCGUAUGUUCUACAGGUGUCCUCUCAAAGAGGAGAAUGGAGGCUGCAAUUUCUUUGAGUGGUGUGAUGGUCCAUGUUCUAAAAUUGCUUUUGACGGUCAAUCCAAUGCGCAAGUUCCUGUAGUUUUUUGCCCCUGUGGUGCUGGUUCAUGCCUAGUUUUUGUUUCAAAGAGUGGAAAGAAUGAGGGACAGCAAUACUACAAAUGUCCAGCGGUGGGGGAAGAGGCUCUUGUGGUUUCUUCAAAUGGUGCAAUGAGCAGGGCUCUAUUUCAAGCCAAUCUGUUGAUAAAAAUAGCUCCUCCUGCUUCAAAUGUGGGCAAGAAGGCCACUGGGCUAAGGACUGCCAGAAUCAAUCCUCAAAUUCAUUCAUCAGUGGAGGCAAAAAUCAGCCUUCUUCCUGCUUCAAAUGUGGCAAAACUGGACACUGGGCAAGGGACUGCCCUGCCCAGAAUUUUGCUGCUGCUGCUGCUGCUACUGCUUCUAAAAGGUACUUCAAUUCUUCUCAAAGCUCCUAACUUAGAUUUAUAAAGUGUUAUUAGGUCUGAAUUUGGUUUGAAAGAUUUUAUAAAUUUCUUCAAGUUCAUAGUUUUUUUCAUGUAAAAAUCAUUACUCUUCUGGAAUGUGGUUAUUGUUACUGGUUUUGUGAC